UCAACUUACUGACCCAUGGGGGAUGUGGACUGGGGGAGUCACCAGCACAACCCAUCCCUCUCAGGUAAACCCAACCUGGUUUCCUUGUAGGAAUCUCGAGUCCUUGGCAUCUUCAUAGACUCUUCUGUCAAAGCACAGAGUCACCGGAGCUGAGAAAGCAGAAAGUGUCAAAAAGCAUUUGAGAAGUUAUUGAAAGAAACAAUGCCUGCAAACAGCCCAAUGUCAGUGAAAGGUGUGAAUCCACAGACACUCACAGAGGCCUCUGGUCAACUCUCAGGAAAUGGUCUCCAGAGAAGACUGCCUGCCAGCUCAGGACAUUUGAAAGACUCAAGGAAAGGAUUUCCUCUGGAAAAGAGAGCAAACGCUCAGAAAAAGAGAGUCAGUGUUGACCAGGAGACGGACUACGCUGAACUGGUUCUGUCUGUAGGAGUAAUCACACUGGGAGAGAAGAAUCGGAAGACAAUGAAUGAUCCACAACUGAGAAGGAGAGAGGCCCACAGUACCUCACAGGCUGUGUGCGCUCUGCUGAAUUCUGGAGGGGGGGUGGUCAAGGCUCGCAUUAAGAAUUCAAAUUACAGCUUCAACAGAGAUGGAAUAGGACUGGAUUUGGAAAAAUGUUUUCAUGAAAUUCUUCCAUUUACUCAUAAAUACCUAUCCUGCAUGCAGAACAAAGGGUACUUUUUAAUUUUUGUGAAACCAUGGAUCACGGAUGUCUUUGGUCAGUGUGUCCUCACCUUGAAAACCAACUUUUACGUGAGAAACUUCUCAACUUCAGAAGAACUGAAAGGUCCUGUUGCAGUGCAGAUCCUCAAAGCCAAGAAAGACUCUGCAGGGAGAUCACGUUCAAGACAGAACUUGUCUGGAUCAUGUGACUCUGAUGAGUUACAGCACGGAGGUCUACACACAUUUUUUAACAGAGAAAAGUUGACCUACAAGGAGACAUUCUCUUUCACUAAAUCCAGUAAUGCAGAAGUUAAAAUGUCCCCUAAAGAAAAGACUGAAGAAAUGAUUUUAGAGAUUCUCCCUAAAACUGUGUCUGCAUUCGCAAACACUGAUGGGGGAUAUUUGUUCAUUGGUUUAGAUGGAGAAAACCAGCAAGUAAUUGGUUUUAAAGCAGAGAAGAGUGAUCUUCAGAAUCUAGAGAGUGCAAUAGAGACAUGCAUCCGAGAGUUGCCUGUCAUUCACUUCUGUGAGAAGCAGGAGAAGAUAAAGUACACAUGCAAAUUCAUCCCAGUCCUCAGACAGGGAGCUGUGUGCUCAUAUGUGUGUGCACUCAGAGUGGAGAGAUUCUGCUGUGCUGUGUUCACUGAAGCGCCCGAGUCCUGGCACGUGGAAGGCAGCUGUGUGAAGACGUUUACCUCAGAGGAAUGGGUCAAGAGCCUGAUGGAUGGCAGACCAGGUUUCUUCAAGCAAAAAUAUAAGCAGACCCUUCAAUCAAGCAGCCCUCCACCGUGUCCCUGUAGCUGCUUUGCUACUGACAUUCCAGAAGCCCAGCAACAGAGUGCCCACCUUCCAGUGCUGUCUAGAAAGGUGACAUGCUCUCCAGAAGGCCUCCGCAUGGAGCUGUGCUCAGAGCAUGAACGAUAUGAGCAAUUACUUCGUACAGAGCUGGGCUCACUUCGUCAAGGAACGCUGAUCAUCUCUACGAGUUUGGCUUUAAGUCUGGGCUUGCAGAAGAAGCAGGAAGUCAUCUUGGAUGUGCUUCAUAUUUCCCAGGACAGUCUCCUGACCCUGCAUAGCUUUGUCUGGGGAGAGAGGGAGCUGGAAGGCGACAGCUCUGUUCUGAGGGUUCUGGGUGCUAAGUUAAAGAACGAUUGUAAACAAACUGCACUAACUUUAAAGCAGAAUCUGGUCAAUCUUGGCCGUUUCACUGAGAAAAUAGGUAUUGCGAUAAAGAUAACGUACUUGGGCCAUAGGGCAGAGUCUCUAUAUGAUUCAAGCUCGGUAAUAAGUUACCCCAGAGAGUAUUCUUAUCUGACAACCAAGACAGUAAGGGACUUAGAGAAAGCUCUUGUUAAAGUCUUAGGACUAGUGUACCAAGGUUAAACUGUAGUGAUCAGUUUGCCUAUGAAAUUGUAAACACAUAGAUUUACGUACUUUACUUUUCGAGGAUUGUCCUAACUCAUGUUUGAAACUGCCUGUCAUAGAAAAUGGACUUUGGUGCCAUGAUAGUUCACGUUUUGUAGGUGAUAAUAUUCUUUCAUUCUGUUAAAAAAUGGAAAAUAUGUUUUUGGAUAACUUAACAAAAAUAGAAAUGAAAUUCUGGGAAAGGGA